UGCCCUAAUCCCCUAGUAUUUCCGGCAGAAAUCCCCAAAAACCCCUCGCCAGAAAACAAAAGUCCUCCUCGCUCGAAUCCCAGACGCGAGAAGAUUCGGAUCCCUCCUCCGCUUAGACCGCCGGAGCCGGCCCCGGCGUUGAUCCCAUGGCGGCUCCAGAGGCGCGGCGCUUCGCGGUUGUGCCGCAUCUUGAUAUCGAGCAGAUACUGAAGGAGGCUCAACAACGAUGGCUACGUCCUACGGAAAUUUGUGAAAUACUUAAAAACUACAGAAAUUUCCGUAUUGCUCCAGAACCGCCAAACAAGCCUCCAAGUGGCUCACUUUUUCUAUUUGAUCGGAAAGUAUUGAGAUACUUCAGGAAGGAUGCUCAUAAUUGGAGGAAAAAAAAGGAUGGAAAGACUGUCAAAGAAGCCCAUGAGAGGCUGAAAUCUGGAAGUAUUGAUGUGCUUCACUGCUAUUAUGCACAUGGAGAAGAUAAUGGGAAUUUCCAAAGGAGGACUUACUGGAUGUUGGAAGAGGAUUUUAUGCACAUUGUGCUCGUACAUUAUCUUGAGACCAAGGGUGGGAAGUCAUCUCGUGCUAGGGGGGAUAGUGACAUGCUUCAAGCAGCUGCUGCAGAUAGUCCAUUAAGUCAGAUACCUUCGCAGACUAUAGAGGGUGAAAGCUCACUUAGUGGACAGGCAUCUGAAUAUGAAGAGACAGAAUCAGCAGAUAUUUAUUCAGGAGGAGCCGGAUACGACUCUUUCACUCAGAUGCAGCAGCUCCAAAAUGGAAUUGGACCCAUGAUUCAUACUUCUAUUAACAGCUCUUAUGCUCCUGCUUCAUCCAUCGGUGCAUAUCAGGGACAGCAACAUGCUAUGGCACAUAAUACAAACUUCUAUUCUAGCAGUCAUGAUAAUUCAUCCGUUGUUCCCAAUGAUUCAAGUCUUGGACUUGUAAUGAGUGGCCGUGAAAGUCAAACCGACCUUUCCUCAUGGAAUGAGAUGAUGAGAUCAGAUAGAUGCUCCAUUCAAAUGCCCCGUCAACUUCCUGUUCCUUCCGAGCAAGGCACUUCUGCAGAAGGCGUGGGAGUUGAGUAUUUGACAUUUGAUGAAGUAUAUUUUGAUGGACUUGGUCUCAAUGAUAUUAGUGCUGCAGGUGCUGAUGGAGAAUCAUCCUGGCAGUACCCUAGUGCUAUUGGUGAUUUAUCUGCAAUGGAGAACAACUUCCCACAAAAUGAUCGGCCUUUGGAGGCAGUUAUCAGUCAGCCAUUUUUGAAGACGAAGUCAUCGAAUCUAUCUGAUAUCCUAAAAGACAGCUUUAAGAAAUCUGACAGUUUUACAAGAUGGAUGAGCAAAGAGCUUCCUGAUGUGGAGGAUUCCCAAAUUCAAUCUAGCUCAGGGGCGUACUGGAACACUGAAGAAGCAUUGGAUCAGUUUACUGUGGCACCAAUGCUUUCACAGGACCAGCUCUUUAGUAUAGUUGAUUUUUCACCUAGCUGGACAUAUGCGGUCUCAAAGACUAAGGUUUUUGUUACUGGUAGAUUCUUAAAUGCUAAUGAAGCCACAGAAAGAUGCAAGUGGUCAUGUAUGUUUGGAGAAGUUGAAGUUCCAGCAGAGAUUUCAGCAGAUGGGAUGACUCUCCAUUGUUAUUCUCCGCCACAUAAGCCUGGUAGAGUCCCUUUCUAUAUCACCUGUUCGAAUAGGUUGGCCUGCAGUGAAGUACGCGAGUUUGAAUUCCUAGCAAGUGACCCUCAAUACAUGGAUGCUCCUAGUCCACAUGGUGCAACAAAUAAAAUAUAUUUUCAGAUACGUCUUGAUAAACUAUUGUCCCUGGGGCAAGAUGCAUACAAAGCAACUAUAUCUAACCCCAGUCUUGAGAUGGUUGACUUGAGCAAGAAAAUAUGUUCACUGAUGGAAAACAGUGAUGAGUGGUCGAAGUUACUAAAGCUGGCUGAUGAUAAUGAGCUUCUUACGGAUGAUCAGCAGGACCAGUUCGCUGAGAACUUGAUCAAGGAAAAAUUGCAUAUCUGGCUUCUUCAUAAAGUAGGUGAUGGUGGCAAGGGACCCAGUGUGUUAGAUUAUGAGGGGCAGGGUGUACUUCACCUAGCAGCUGCCCUUGGAUAUGAUUGGGCUAUAAGACCGACAGUUACAUCUGGUGUUAACAUCAAUUUCAGGGAUGUUCAUGGAUGGACUGCACUCCAUUGGGCUGCAUUUUGUGGCAGAGAGCGGACUGUAGUGGCGCUUAUUGCGUUGGGAGCAGCUCCUGGAGCUUUGACGGAUCCAACCCCUGAUUUCCCUUCUGGAAGCACACCAGCAGAUCUGGCAUCUGCUAAUGGACACAGGGGAAUCUCUGGUUUCCUUGCAGAGUCUUCUCUGACUAGUCAUCUUCAGGCCCUUAAUCUGAAAGAAGCCAAUAUGGCCGAAAUAUCUGGUCUACCUGGUAUUGGAGAUGUCACUGAGAGAAGUGCUUCUCAACCUGCAAGUGGAGAUUCACUAGGCGCUGUUCGAAAUGCUGCUCAAGCUGCUGCUCGGAUAUAUCAAGUUUUCAGGGUUCAAUCCUUUCAGAGAAAGCAAGCCGUUCAAUAUAAGGAUGAGAAAGGUGGAAUAUCUGAUGAGCAUGCGCUUUCUCUUCUGUCUUUCAAGUCAUCCAAACCAGGGAAGCUUGAUCCCCGGCAUGCUGCUGCAUCUCGUAUACAAAAUAAGUUCAGGGGAUGGAAGGGGAGAAAGGAAUUUCUUCUUAUUAGGCAGCGGAUUGUAAAGAUCCAGGCUCAUGUGCGAGGCCACCAAGUCAGGAAGCAUUAUCGUAAAAUAGUGUGGUCUGUUGGGAUAGUGGAGAAAAUCAUACUACGUUGGAGGCGAAGAGGGGCUGGUUUGCGUGGGUUUCGAUCUGCAGAAGGUGCAAUGGGGAGCAGCAGCAGUGGAAUAUGUACGAAUUUGAUCACAGAUAAACCUGCCGGGGAUGAUUACGAUUUCUUGCAAGAAGGACGAAAGCAAACUGAAGACAGGCUGCAGAAAGCUCUUGCCAGAGUCAAGUCCAUGGCUCAGUACCCAGAGGCAAGAGACCAGUACCGGAGGAUUUUGACCGUCGUAUCAAAAAUGCAGGAGUCUCAGGCUACACAAGAAAAGAUGCUCGAGGACCCGACAGAGAUGGAUGAAGGUCAUUUCAUGAGUGAAUUCAAGGAGUUGUGGGAUGAUGAUGCACCUAUCCCUGGCUACUCUAGUUUGCACAACUAAUGCCUUUGUAAAUCGCCAUGUUGUAUUUGUACUGAACGGAUACACAUGCUGACGACCCAAAGUAGCAUCUUGGGUUUGAAUUCGGCUGUGGUAUUUGUUGCUAUAUUCUAUAAAUAGUCCUUUGUGUACAGUAGUAUUUUAUUCUCACUAUGAAACUGAUGUAACAAGCCAAACAUAGGGAUAUGCAUGUAUGCAGAAGUUAGCGGUUUGAGUGGGAUUCUUUCACUAUAUGACUUUUCAAGUUUCA